GACCUGAACAAGUACAUCUACCUGCGUGACCUGCAGGACAACAACAAGCAGCUCUUCUACCACGUCCUCCAGCAGUACCCCGAUGAGCUGAUGCCGGUGGUGUACACGCCGGUGGUGGGGCUCGCCUGUCAGCACUACAGCCGCCUCUACAAGCGCCCUCGGGGCCUCUUUAUCACCAUCGAUGAUGCUGGGCACAUUGACGAGCUCUUCCAGAACUGGGAGCACGACGACAUCAAGGCGAUCGUGGUGACGGACGGCGAGCGGACGCUGGGCCUGGGCGACCUGGGCGCCCACGGCAUGGGCAUCUCCGUGGGCAAGCUGGCGCUCUACUCGGCGCUGGGCGGCAUUCCCCCGCAGUUCACGCUGCCCGUCGUCAUUGACGUGGGCACGAACAACACCGACCUGCUGCGCGACCCGUACUACAUUGGCCUGCACCGCCGCCGCGUGGACGGCGCCCCCUACGACGCGCUGAUUGACGAGUUCAUGCACGCCGUGCAGCGCAUCUACGGUGACCAGUGUCUGGUGCAGUUUGAGGACUUUGGCAACCGAAACGCCCACCGCCUGCUGAAGAAGUACCGCAAUGACUUUUGCACCUUCAAUGAUGACAUACAAGGAACGGCCUCGGUGACCCUGGCCGGCGUCUUUGCCGCCAACCGCAUCACCGGCCAGCGCGUCAGCGACCACCGCUUUCUCUUCCAGGGCGCCGGCACCGCCGCCCUCGGCAUCGCCGACCUCAUCGUCGAGCAGAUGAAGCACGAAGGCCUGACGGAGAAGGAGGCCCGAGGGCGCGUCGCCAUGUUCGACAUUGACGGCCUGGUCACCGCGGACCGCCCCGGCAACACCAACCCCUACGCCAAGGAGGCGGAGCAACNACCGCGGACCGCCCCGCUGACCGACCUGCUGAAGGUAGUGCAGGCCUUCGAGCCGAGUGUCAUCAUCGGCGUCAGCGCCGUCUCGGGCGCCUUCACGCCGGCCGUCCUCCAGCACAUGGCGGCGAUCAACAAGGAGCGACCGCUGGUCCUUGCCCUCUCCAACCCCACCAGCAAGAGCGAGUGCACCGCCGAGGAGGCGUACAAGUACACCGGCGGGCGGGCGCUCUUCGCCUCCGGCUCGCCCUUCGGCGAGGUGGUCCUCGACGGGCGGCGCUUCGAGCCGAGCCAGGGCAACAACGCCUACAUCUUCCCGGCGAUGGCCCUCUCGGUGAUGGCCUGCGGCGUGAAGCGCAUCACCGACGAGGCCUUCAUCCAGGCGGCGAAGGCGCUCGCCGAGGAGGUGAAGCCCGCGGAGCUGGACGCCGGCCGCCUCUACCCGCGCCUCAACCACAUUCGCCCGGUGACGCUGGCCAUCGGCGCCAAGCUCUGCGACUGGUUCUACGCCCAGGGCCUGGCCUCGUACACGCCCGAGCCGGCGGAGAAGUACCAGUUUCUGAAGGACCUGCAGUACAACCCCAUCUACGAUGACUCCUACGGAGCGGCCGCCAAAUAA